AUGUCCAAGGUCUAUGACGUGACGCACGAGAACAAGAUCAUCCGCGAGCCCCAGAAGGCGCGGUAUGGCGCCGACUCGAUCCGGGCCAUUCUGGACGAAGCACACUUUGUCAAUGUCUCCUUUGUCGACGAGGACGGGCUACCACAAUGCCUGCCCAUGGUGCACGCCAUCGAGCAAGACGCCGAGGGCGAACUGACAGUCUACCUGCACGGGUACCACAAGGGCCGGCUCAUGCGCCUGCUGCCGCCCGAGUCGCGCGUGUGCAUCACCGCCACGCUGCUGGACGGCCUCGCGCUCGCGCUGUCGGCGUUCCACUCGUCGAUCAACCACCGCUCGGCCGUCCUCCACGGCGAAGUAGCCGACUGGGACGAGACGACGCCCGACGCCGCCGCGGCCAAGUGGGACGCCGCGAAACAGAUUGUAAACCACGUCAUGCCGGGCCGAUGGGACAACUGCCGCCAGCCCAACAAGGGCGAAAUGGCCACGACGGGGUUUCUCAAGGUGAAAAUCCUGUCGGCGAGCGCCAAAGUGCGCACGGGCGAGCCGGGCGAGGAGAAGCGCGACGUCGAGGAUGACGAGCUGACCGGCCGCGUGUGGGCCGGCAUCGUGCCCACCAAGAUCAGCUACGGGACGCCAGAGCCCAGCGCGUUCAACAGGGCGCCCGUGGGGGCUUACAUGGACGAGUACAUGGCCAAGGGUGGCGUGCCGGGUGGGUGA